UUUUGGUAGUUCCGGUGGUGAUUCCAGGACGCGAAAUCGAACGCGGCCGCAGCCAGAACACGGACGAGGAUUCCUUCGUGAGCCAAAGCGGCAGCAGCGGAACGCCUUCGAAGGUGGCUGGUGCGGGUGCAGGACGAGGUCGGAGAGUUUAGGGGACGCCGUUGAUGCGGUUGCCGAAGAUCACAGGUCGAGAUGUGGAUUUGCACCGAUUGUUUUCGAUGGUGGUGACCCGGGGUGGUUGGUUGAAGGUCAAUUCCCGCAAGAACUGGGACGAGAUUAUCGAGGAGAUGGCGCUGCAGAAGAGGAAGAGAUUGACAACGAGAAGCGGCAUAAUUGAAGGUAGUCAGCAGCGCUAUGUUCCGGAAGUGAUGAGGGGACAGUGUGGAAUGUCCUGCGAGUUGUAUAAGUAUCCCGAGUACGAUGAGCUGAUUUUGUCGUUGUUGACAAACGAGCAAGACAUCUCGAUCAACGUUUGCAUGCUGAUGGCCAACGAGAGCAAACAAACGCUAAAGGUGGAUUGAUGUCCGAAGCUGAUUACGGUUCUGUUGGCGCACGGCACCGGAGUUUUCAACCAUU